CAUUCAUCCCCGAGCUUCGAGGACCUGAGGGCAAACCAUACCAGAUUUUGAUGGGCUUACCCCUUCCCCAUCCCCACAUCGGCAGGCUCAGCACCACACACACGUCUGGCACCUAAGCUGAUCCACGACCACUCUGCUGUCGGUUCUGUCUCCAUUCCACCCGCCCCGGUUCUGUCACCCCUUUCUACUGGGCUGCUCCAGCCUAGCCCUGUAAAUAAGCCAUGUACCAGGGGCAGUAUGGCUUUCCAAAUGCCGCCGCUGGCGGCGCUGCUGGAUCGACCUUCAACGGCGCCCCACCUUCGCAGAACCCUCACUUGCAGCCUGGUCAAUCGCCGAACCAGCCACAGAUGAUGUACAACCCGCAGCAGUUCCCCAUGGCCGCUCAAGGUUCAUUCCCCGGCGGUGGUGCCAAUCCUGCUGCCGUGAUGGCAGGUGCUGGUCCUGCAGGCAUGAUGCAGAAUACCGCCAUGCCGCCGCACAUGGCCGCCAAUGGUCAGAUGGCGUACCAGACCCCCUAUACCGCCUCAGCGUACGGAGCUGGCGUGCCAUCUCCCGCAGGUCCCCAACCACAGCUGCCUCCCAACUACAUGAUGGCCGGCUCGAUGCCUCCCCAGUUCCAAGCGAACCCAGGUGGCAUGCCACAACAGCAGCACAUGAUGCAGCGUAUGCAUAUAUCCCAGCAAAACGCCCAAGCCAUGGGAGUUGCAACACCCCAACGCGCCUUCAACGCUCCCCAAGGCAGUCCGAACAGCUCGGUAUCCUCACAGCAGGGACAAUUCCCUCCCCCAGCUAACCAACAAGGCACCGCUCAAGGCCAGGCCCCAAACACCGCCCAGCAACAGGUUACGGCUGCCACAACACCGCAGACACCAACCUUUCCGUCGGCCACCGGUCAGCCGCCCAAUGCGAACGGGACGUCGACGGCGUCUACCCCGCUGAGCCCAACCUCCGAGUCCCGAGACAAGGAGAGGUUCAAUUUGUUGUUGGAAAUCAACCAGGAGCUCUUAUACGAAUCUAUACAACUCAUGAACACCAAGGCAGAAUUGAAGAAGGGACAAGCUGCCUCUGGAUCUGCGGGAGAGAAUCCGAAUGGGCAGAGCGCAGAUAACGUGGAAGAGGAGAAGCUCAUCCUCCAGGAUUACAACCAGUGCAUGCGGAGGCUCCAGGGCAACUUGACAUAUCUAGCAGCCCUCGCCGAUAGGAAGGGCGGGCAGCUGCCACCAUGUCCUGCUUAUCUAUCGCCACCUCGCUUGAGCCUGGACAUUAAGAUGCGGUGUCAACCCCCCAUACAACCCGAUUCCAGCGAGAAACAAAUAGACCAGAACGAGGAUCGGGAGGAGAGAGACAAGUUCCUCAAAGAAAUGUAUAAGAAGCUGCAGGGGCUAUUUCCGGGGAUUGAUCCUAAGAAGGAGCCGACUUAUCAGGUGCAAAAUGCCAGAGGAGCCCAGGGGGCUCACGGACAGCAGGCCAGCCAGAAUGGCCCAAGGUCGGGUGGUGCGCAGACUUCCAACCAAGGAAGUCCCCCCCCAGCAGGAGCACCCCAGCCUCAGAGGACCGCACAAGCGGCAAACCAGACGGCUUAUCUAGCAGCCCAGACUGCUGGUGGAUUGUCAUGAGCUCCGAAUCUCUACCCCUGCCGCGUCCUGGUCCGGUGUUUAAGGCUACUGGGGGGCUUGAAAUCAGAGCUAUGCUGGUUGCCUCA